UCUUGUGGUCUCUCCGUCACAGCGCUGAAGCAGAGGGAUUUAAACCUUUGAAACUCUUCCAGUCGCUUGACUCGAGACGUUCAGGUUUUAGACCACUUUCGCUUGGGACAAACAAAGAUGCCACCUAAGAGGCGAAGCGGCGGGAAUGCUCAGAGAAAGGAGGCGAAAGCCACUGUUGAUCCCCCUCCUCCCGAUGAGAAAGACAAGACAAGCGAGUUGUCUGCGAAAAAACACGAAGACAAAGAUGCUGAGUUUGUUGGUCUCUGUGAGAGUCUCCAUGUCUCUGACCCGGUUUGUGACCGAGCCUGGGCCCUCUCCAAAACGGUCCAGGAGUCCCUGGAUCAAGUGGGUGAUGCUCAGAAGAAACUGUGGGCUGCUUGCCUGUAUGUGGCUAUGACUGACAUGGAUGCGGCCUGUUUCACUUUCACCCAGGUCCUGCAAGCAGUUGGUGUGAAUGUGAAGCAGUUUCUGGCUCUGGUGCGGAAGUUGGACGUGAACCUAGACACAAUAAGCACCAAAGUGAAUUCGGCUCUGACCCGACAGGAGAAGAGCUACAACACGCUGCUGGCUCUGUGUCAGCGCUUUGAGAAGAUCUGCAAGAAGAUAUUUGUCUCCGAUGGAAAGGAGCAGGCGACUUUGCGGAGCUGCUGGACGUUGUUUUUGCUGGCUAAAGGAAGAGCUCUCCAGAUGGAGGACGACUUGGUCAUUUCGUUCCAGUUGCUGCUCUGCACGCUGGAGUUGUUUAUCAAGCGCUGCCCCGGCAGCCUGCUGCAGCCGCUCUACAAAUCGUCCAUCAGUAAAGUUCCAAGCCCACCGCAACAAACUUCCCGCCGCAACCAGAGCAAAGCCAGAACCCGCCCCACAGAACCGGUGAUGGACGUGCAGCUGCUUGAGACUCUCUGCAAAGAGAACGAAUGCAACGCUGAGGAGGUGAAGAACAUCUAUCAGACCAGUUUCUCGGCCUUCCUCGGAUCGCUGGAUCUUCCAAAGUCUCUGGAUGUCUCUCAGACGGCUGAACUCAACAGGCAGUAUGAAGAACACUACCUCAGAAGCGGAGACAUUGACGGGCGCUUGUUCUUUGACCGCGACACCUCUGUCAUGCCUCCUAAAGUUGACGUCACUCAGGUGGAGAGAACACCAAAGAAGAAUUUGCCAGAAGAUGAAUCCUCGCUCAUUCCACCGCAGACGCCAAUCAAAACGGCCAUGACCUCCAUACAGCAGCUGCGACGAGAUCUGAGCUCUAGCGGAGAGCAACCAUCGGCUGCUCUUCUCACCUAUUUCAAUAACUGCACCGUGAACCCAACACAGGAUGUGCUGAAGCGCGUGGAGACGCUCGGACGUACCUUCAACCAGAGGUUUGGUCAGACAGUGGGUCCGGGCUUUGACACGCUGGGGAAGCAGAGGUUCGAGCUCGGCGUCACACUCUACUACACUGUCAUGGAGUCCUUGUUGAAAUCGGAGGAGCAGCGACUGUCGGUGCAGAAUUUCAGUAAACUUCUCAACAAUGCCACCUUCCACACGUCACUCCUGGCCUGCUCUUUGGAGGUUGUCAUGGCGAUAUACGAUGAGAGCAGCUUCAAGUCUGGAGGUGGAGGAGGGGGAGAGACUGGGCGAUGUUUCCCCUGGAUCCUGGACGUUUUUGGCCUCGCAGCUUUCGACUUCUACAAAGUGAUUGAGAGCUUCAUCAAGGUCCACCCCAAUCUGAACAAGGAUGUGGUCAAACACCUGGAGACAUGCGAGAACCUCAUCAUGGAGCGGUUCGCCUGGACCACGGGCUCUCCUGUGUUUGAGCUGCUGAAGCAGGAGCACGAAGGCGGAGCCGCGGAACAGGUGGAGGCGCCUGCAAACUUCUCUCAGCCGCUGAACCACAACCAUACUGCAGCUGACUUAUAUCUGUCUCCGGUGCGUUCCGGCGUCCGCAUCCUGCCCCCGGACUCACCAGCCCGGCCCGCCUCGCUCCCUGCUCCCCCUGCUGCCAGCCAGACGCCACUGCAGCCCAAGUCCAACUCUCUCAGCCUCUUCUAUAAGAAAUUGUACCGACUGGCCUACAUGAGACUGAAGAUGCUCUGCUCCAACCUGCUGCCCUCUCACCCAGAGCUGGAGCCCAUCAUCUGGACUCUGUUCCAGCACACGCUGCAGCACGAGUUCGAGCUGAUGAGAGACCGACACCUGGACCAGCUGAUGAUGUCGGCCAUGUACGCCAUCUGCAAAGUGAAGGCCGUGGAUCUGCGCUUCAAAGCCAUCGUCACUGCCUACAAGAACAUGCCCAACGCCUGCCAGGAGACCUUCAAGCACGUCCUGAUCAGCGAAGGCCAGUACGACUCCAUCAUCGUCUUCUACAACAACGUCUUCAUGCAGAAGCUGAAGACCAACAUCCUGCAGUAUGCGUCCACACGGCCGCCGCCACUCUCCCCGCUCCCCCAAAUCACCCGCAGCCCGUACAAGUUCCCCAACUCCCCUCUGCGCGUCCCCGGCAGCAACAACGUUUACGUCUCCCCCAUGAAGAGCAGCCGUAUGUCCCCUGGUAUCAUGACCCCGCGCUCCAGGAUGCUGGUGUCCAUCGGGGAAUCGUUCGGCUGCUCGGCUUUCCAGACCAAUCGCUUCCAGAUGAUCAACCAGAUGGUCAACGGCAGCGAUCGCUCCUCCAAGAGAAGCCUGGACCUGGGCACCAACCCCAAACACUUGAAGAGGCUACGAUUCGAUGUGGACGGACAGGACGAAGCUGACGGGAGCAAAUCCGGCGGCGACUCCACUCUGAUACAGAAGCUGGCGGAGAUGAGCUCGGCUCGCAGCUGCAUUCAGGAGCAGAAGCUGAAGGAAGACGCCGACUCGAGGAAAGAGUGACUCCAGACCUGCUGAAGUGACCUGCACUGUUUAUCACAAAAGUGUGCGUGCGAGUGUGUAUGUGGUAGCUUUAGCCUCCAGCGGUUUUUAUUAUUAUUAUUAUUGCUUGGAUUUUCAUUGAACUAUUUUUUUUAAUGUAGCUGCAGAACGUUUCAUACUUCUGUUAUCGCUGCGUCAGCUUUGAUUAAUCAUGAGUGCUCAGUCAGCACUGGACGGGUUCAAACUUGGGCCAGCAAAAGUGGUUUUUGGUCGCCGUCUUGAAUCACUUCCUCAGAGCUUUGAUUUCCCUCCACAAAAAUGAAAUAUUGUCGAAUGAAUUGCUGAGCGCUGUGAUGGAGCGGCAGCAAACGGACGAAGACUUUUAUUCACCGUGUUGCGUUGGUUUGUUUGCCGAACGAUGAGGUCAGUGAAUGCAUCAUUGUGAGGAAAAGUGUGGCAUAUUCUCAGUUUGUCCUUGUCCUUGGUAGAUGCUAAGCAGGACGUAAAACUCAUUUUUAAUAACAGCUAUGUGCUCUGAGACACUCCAGCGAGAGAGAGUGUGAAGAAGGUCAUUGAACGCAUCAUUCAGUGCAGCGUAGCUGAGUAAUAAUGGACCUUUUUCUGAGGAAUUGUGAAGCUGUCACCGUGAAUGCAUCAUUUUUGACUCCUCCUAAAUCUUAAAUUGAAUAUUGUGAAUUUUUGUCCAAUCAAAAAAAACAUGUUUUUAUUGUUUUAGUGUUAAAAAAAUAAUGAAAUGAUUUAGUUAGACCCCGUCACUCUGGAAAAGUUGAGGUGAGAGUGGAUUUUCUGACUGGCACAACCAAGACUCUUGUGAAUUGUGAAAACUGUUUUGUUCCAGGAUUUUCUUUCACAUUGUUAGACGCCGCUUUUUCUCCUGCUGAAUAUUUCUACGUGGCUCGUUCACUGGCCGCAAUAAAAUA